AUGAGAACCACACCUCCACAAGGUAGAAACCAAAAGAGAUUAAAACUGGUUCGAAGCAAACCGGUUCACUUACCAACAACCCAAAAGAUCAUUCGUCAUCGACCCAAACUCCAAAAAGAGCUCAGAUUUAGAAAUAACAACAGUGGCAAGUACUUUAAUAUGGAUUGGGCGUUGCAGAGUGUUUGGGUUGGUCCCUCUCGUCAAACCAGAUUCAUUCAUCUCAAUAAGGACAAGGAAAAUCAAAAGAACAUCUCCAUCCAGAGUGCUCCUUUCACUUCCAAGAAGAGUUUGUACCGUAAUCGUCCCAUGCUUCAGAACAUCAAAUACAAUUCAUUGCAACGGAUUGAUAACAUGUUGCAUUCGUAUCGAAUUCGUGCCUUAAGAGUUCUCAAACAACAAAAUCAACAACAACAACAACUCGGAUCAGCAAGUAUGGAAAAAGGAAGUGCCUUGAGUAAAAGUAGUGGUGCCAUUCCAAAACCAUCGUUAGCUUCUGUUGGUGGUGGUUCCUCUUCUCGAAUCAAUCCAAAGGACGUGAUGAAGAGAAUCUAUGUCAAGAAACAAAAACCAAUGGCAGUGGUGGGAGGUCCAAGUAGUAGUAGAAGUAGCAGUGGUAGUGGUGCAAGUGCUUCAAAGUCGGCGACGGUUGCUCCAAGUGUUCAAGUGAGUGGAGCUUCAAAGAAAAAGUAA